UAAUAAGACGCGCAUCAUAAUACAUAGAGAGAUAUCAAGAUGAGUUUUGAAUAUAGAAAACCCAGCAAAGAAAGUCACCACAACGACGCAUGUACGUAUGGAGUGCAAAUGUCAACAUCCGAGGAAGUUGAAGUUAAAAUGUCCUUUGAGGAUUUACGGAAGCGAGCAAGGCAGUUAGAAAGUGAGAUUGAUGUAAAGCUGGUGUCGUUCAGCAAGAUAGCCGCCAGUUAUGGGAGUAGCAGUGCAGCCAUCAACACAAAUCCUGAGAGUGUCUCCUUACUCUCGGGAGACCAAAUGUAUGAGACCAUUUCCGUUGAGUUGGAGCAACUGUUGACGGCUCUCACAGACAUCAAUGAGAGAAUGAAUAACUGUCCCCAUGGCUCCUCAGUGGCCACGAUCCACACCUUACAGCGGCACCGUGAUAUCCUGCAGGACUACACACACGAGUUCCAGCGAACCAACAACACUAUCAAAUCCCGGAGAGAGCGGGAGCAGCUUUUGGGGACUGGGCGGAAUGGAGGUAAGAGUCUGGCUGGUCUCUCCCGCCGAGACCUUUACCUGAAGGAGAGUGAACACCUGGUCAACUCUGAAGGACUUGUUGACGAGCAGAUCACCAUUGCUAUGGACACCCGGGACCACUUGAAGACACAGCGGCAGACAUUCAAGAUGAUACAAACAAAAGUUAAUGAUCUUUCUAAUCGGUUUCCAAUGGUUAACUCUCUGAUGACCAAGAUUAAUAUCCGUAAGAGGCGGGAUUCCCUCAUUCUAGGGACCGUCAUUGGGAUUUGUCUCACUUUCAUGCUUUGGUGGAUGUUUUUCUAGUACUCCAAGAAUAGUUUACUUUUUUAACCUCUCUCUCUCUCUCUCUCUCUCUCUCUCUCUCUCUCUCUCUCUCUCUCUCUCUCUCUCUCUCUCUCUCUCUCUCUCUCUCUCUCUCUCAUCACUUGAAAUGUUAUAUAGAUUUUUUUUUCUUUCUCAAUUUCCCUCAAAUUAGUCACUCACAUGUGAAAAGUUUGAUUUGGACACACAGGGAGUUUCAAGUGUGGCUUGCUGACAAUAUCGAGAGUAUUACUUUUGCCUUUCAUUAUGUAAUGUAUGUAUGUAUGUAUAUGACUUAAUCAGUGAUGUAAAAAAUGUAUUAUCCAUAAUUUUAAGCAUUGCAAGAAACUAUAUAAGAUAUUUGAUUAAAAUAUGAAUUACUAAA